AUGGGUGCCGGGAAAGAAUUAAGUUUCAAGGAAUUGUAUGGCGAGGACACUAAAUCAUACACUGACUUGAGAUGGUGGUGUGAAGCCGUGAAGAAACACGAUCCAGGUAGUAUGGCUGAUUUAGUUGUUGAAGGUGGCGAGUUUAAGAGAAUACUUACCCUGGCAUAUGGUAUCGUAUCAGCUGAAACUGUUGAGAAUUGUCAUUGGUUCUUGAAGAAACUAGAAUCUAUCUUGGGUCCUCGUGUACUAACUUUUAUUUCGGAUCACCAUGAGGGUUUGAUCCAAGGGAUUCGUGAUGUUUUCCCAACUUUCUAUCAUGUUUGGUGUUACCAGCAUUUGAAGAAUAAUGUCCGUAGUAAGACCAACAAGAAAAAGGGAGAGCAUUGUGCUGCGAUGGGUUUGUUCAAAGAAUGUUUCUAUUCAUCGACUCAUGAAGGCUUUGAUCAGGGUAUGCAAAAGUUGAAGGAUAUGGGAUGUGAUGGUCUUCACAAAUUCUUGAGUGAGAUUCCAGUGGAAUGUUGGUCCAAUGCACAUUGUCUGGGCUGUCGUUACGACGACAUGUGUUCAAACAUUGCAGAGUCCUUCAACUCUUGGAUCAAGGAAGAAAAAGGUAUGCCUAUUGCAAUACUUGUUAACUGGAUCAGACUUAAAAUUAUGGAACAGAUGAGUGCAAGGAAGAGGAAGGGGGCGACGUAUAAAGGAUUCAUUUGUCCCAGGCUAGAGAAAAAAGUGUUGGCUUCCAUUCGUGUUGGUGUCCAGUGGAUAAUAACCAAGUCUGGUGACAUGGAGUGGGAAGUUUUUGAUGGAAAGCACACGCAUGCUGUUAAUAUUGCGAGGUUUCAGUACAGCUGUAGGGUUUGGUUUACUGAGAAGUUCCCUUGCGAUCACGCUAUUGCGUGUAUGCAUUCAAAUAACAUCAAUGUUUACGAGUACAUUAAUCUGUAUUUCAGCAUUGCUAGAUUCCGUGCUUCGUAUGAUCGUCCUAUCAAGCCCAUUCCUGAUUAA